AUGCCAAAACCUGUUGGCGCAUCCCGCAGAAAAGUCAUUGAUCAACAAGUGUUGAGAAUGAUUGUAAAAGAAUAUUUUCCGUUCAGUGUUGUGGAAGAUAGAGAGUUCAUCAAACUCAUAGGUAUGUUAAACUCAGGUUAUACACUACCAUCUAGGAAAACAUUGACAACAUCACUUCUACCUGUAAUGUAUAAUGAAGUUUAUGAAAAAGUAAAAAAUGAUAUAAAUUCUAAUGCUCACUAUGUAAGUUUGACAACUGAUAGCUGGACAUCAGUUAAAAACGAAAGUUAUACAGCUGUAACUGCACAUUAUAUUGAUAAAGACUGUAUCCUUAAGACAUAUUUACUGUCAUGCUUUAAAUAUUCUGAGUCACAUACAAGUUAA